AUGGCGUGGGUAGCUCAAACAUUGGUGUUAGUGCUUGCCGCAGUUGGACUACUGUUUAUCCAGUUUGCAGUGGCAUACUUCCGGCGCAGUCAACGCAACAAACAGAUAUGGGCCAAACUCGACACCGUGGGUGUUGCGCCAGGGGGUGGCAUGCUCGCCUGGGGACUGGGUAUCAUGAGGUCGAUAACGUCAAUGCAAGUCGUCGUCCAUGACGGCUACGAGAAGUUCUCCAAGCUCGGCAAGCCGUUCGCCCUUCCCACUAUGUGGAUCGGCGGUGCUGUGGUGGUGCUGCCGCCAUCGAUGCUGCACUUGCUCAACCGGCCGCGGGAUGAGCUCUCCAGCUUUGACGCUUUGCUUGAGAACGCACAGUUUCAGUACCUCAUGACGGACAAGGACGUGUACGCAAACACCAUCCACUUCGACAUUGUCCGGAAGAACCUGGCCCCCAAGAACAUGGGCGUUCUUGCUGGGAUCAUGGCCGAGGAAUGGGACGCCGCGUUCCGGACGCAUUGGGGGAACUCUAGGGACGGGACGGUGGUUAAUGCGUGGGACUCAAUGGUGAAGAUCAUCGCUCGUGCGGCCCUGCGGAUUAUGGUCGGACUACCCGGGUGCCGGGACGAGGAGUACCUGGAACGGUCCAGACUGUAUGCGAAUGCCGUGCUGGUAGAUGCUUGUUUCAUCAACUGCGUCCCCCCUGCGAUCAGGCCCGUUUUGGCGCCGGUGAUGGCGAUGCGGGCUCGAUACCAUCAACGCCGGUUGAUGAAGAUCCUGGUGCCAAUGGUGGAGGAGCGGUUGCAGCGGCAAAGGGAGAAGAAGGUCCAGAAUAGCGAUGAUCAUCCGGGCGAUGUGAUCCAGUGGUUGAUAGCCGUGGCCGAAAACCACGGCCCGGAGCAGAUGACAGCCCACAAGAUCGCCACGCGCAUCCUGGCGCUGACAUCCAUGUUUGUCUUCGCCAUUGGUUGGGUCUUUGCCCACGUUGUACUGGACAUCUACUGCAGUCCGUCGCGCGAAGAGUUUGUCAGUGGCCUGGAAGAAGAAUGCGCCCGCGUCUCUGGCGAGCAUAAGGGGCUAGCCACCAAGGAGGCCGUCGACUCCCUCUACCGACUUGACUCCGCCGUGCGCGAAUCGAUGCGCCUAAACGAUGUAAUGGUCCAUCUGAUGCCCCUCGACGUUUGGAGUGGCGAGGGUAUCGAUCUUGGAGACGGCGUCCGGAUCACCGCGGGUUCAGAGGUCCGCACCGUGUUCCCUGCCCAGAUGGUCCACAUGGAUCCGAACAAUUACAAGGAGCCAGAGAAGUUUGAUGCCUUUCGCUUCUCGCGGGAUUUCGAUGAGGCGGAGAAUGCAGGCCACCCGCUGCCAUCCGGAAAGAGAGAGCUCGUGACCAGCAUAACCGCUACGUUUCUGCCCCUUGGAUACGGAAGACAUGCUUGCCCCGGGCGCUGGUUUGUGGCACAAAUGGUUAAGCAAGCAACUGCGUAUGUACUUCUCAACUAUGAAGUUGAGCUCGGUAGCACCCUCCGAGUCACCAAGCUCACCGACCUUAACACCCCAAUGGCGAUGAGCAUCGGCGCCGACUCAAACACCCAGAACAACCACUCAUGGUUGAACGAGUAUCCUCCCAUGCCUUCAGCGAACUCGGCGACGCGGUAG